CCUCCCUUCCUUUUUCAACAUGGCUGCUGUGUCUACUUUCUCAAGUAUCGCUCAGAUUGGUGACUGAUUCGACUUCUACCCUACAGUGCCUCUUACCUAUUGGUAUACAUAAUCGUCAUCUGGAUGCAGAUCACGUCCUCCACCUUGCUGUUUCCCCAGGAUUUAUUCAGUGGCCUAACCUGAACAAAUCACUCCCUCCUCUGGGCCUUUUUUUAACCCCCAAAACAACUACCUACCAACCACCAACUGUUUCCAGUGCAAUGGUUUGAGUUGGUGCAUUCAGUAUUCCGCUUCAUGAACAAUGUGUGAGAACUGCGCCGAGCUGGUGGAGGUUUUAAAUGAAAUAUCCAACACAGAAGGCAGUGAUGUUGGCUUCCAGCUGAAGAAAGAACAUGCCCUGCGGGUUCUAUGUUACAUCAGCUCCUGGACGCAGAGGCAAUGUCUCUGCUGCUUCAAGGAGUACAAGCAUCUGGAGGUCUUUAAUCAGCUGGUCUACGCACUCAUCAACCUGGUCAUCACCCAGAUCAGCAGCCUGAGGGACGAACUCUGCAGUAACCAGGACCGAACUCUCAAAGGGGGCGGGUCUGGGACGGGGGAAACGCGUACUGAAUGGAGCCGGGAUGAUUCUGUACCUUGUACCCUCCCUCAGCCGUCUUCGCCGGGGGAGGAUGAACCUGUUAAUGUAGAGAGAGACUCUGCUGAAGAGGACAUGGACACACCUGACCUGAACCAGAAUAAGACUCAGAGCCAGGAUCAGGUGGAUGCACUGGGACCUGUGGAUGGCAACAAGCCUGGGGAGGGUGAUGUUGGUGGUGGCGAUGAUGCUGGAGGUGGACACCACGGCAGUGUUGACAGUCAGGACUUUAGCUCUUGGAGCACAGAGGAGAGGGAGAAACUGUUACUGUGUGCAGCCAAGAUUUUCCAGAUCCAGUUCCCCCUCUAUACAGCCUACAAACACAACACACACCCCACCAUAGAGGACAUAUCUGCUCAUGAAAGCAACAUCCUUGGCUCCUUCUGUGACAUGAACGACGUGGAGGUGCCGCUUCACCUCCUGCGCUAUGUCUGUCUGUUCUGCGGCAAACAUGGCCUCUCCCUGAUGAAGGAGUGCUUUGAAUGGGGCACUCCAGAGACCCUCCCCUUCCCCAUUGCUCAUGCCUUCAUCACCAUCGUCUCUAAUAUACGAAUAUGGUUGCACAUUCCUGCAGUUAUGCAGCACAUCAUACCGUUCCGCACCUACGUCAUACGGUAUCUGUGUAAGCUCUCAGACCAGGAGCUGCGGCAGAGUGCUGCUCGCAACAUGGCCGACCUGAUGUGGAGCACGGUGAAAGAGCCGCUGGACAGCACGCUGUGCUUCGACAAGGAGAGCCUGGACCUCGCCUUCAAAUACUUCAUGUCUCCCACUCUAACCAUGCGUUUGGCUGGACUCAGCCAAAUCACAAAUCAGCUCCACACCUUCAACGACGUGUGCAACAACGAGUCCCUCGUGUCAGACACAGAAACCUCCAUAGCGAAGGAAUUGGCUGACUGGCUGAUCCAGAACAACAUAGUGGAGCACAUAUUUGGACCGAAUUUGCACAUUGAGAUCAUCAAGCAGUGCCAGGUGAUCCUGAACUUCUUGGCCGCGGAGGGGCGACUCAGCACCCAACAUGUAGACUGUAUCUGGGCUGCAGCUCAGUUGAAGCACUGCAGCCGCUACAUCCAUGACCUUUUCCCAUCACUCAUUAAAAACCUGGACCCAGGGCCUCUCCGUCACGUCUUAAACCUGGUGUCUGGCCUGCAUCCAAGUGCCCAUACCGAGCAGACAUUAUACCUGGCCUCCAUGCUCAUCAAGGCUCUGUGGAACAAUGCGCUUGCUGCAAAGGCUCAGCUCUCCAAACAGAGUUCCUUUGCCUCCCUGCUGAAAACCAACAUCCCAAUGGGGAACAAGAAAGGUUCAGCAGCUGCCAGUCCAGACAGCAGUGACAACAGUGACACUCAGCACAGCGGAGGCAGCGACAUGGAGAUGGAGGAUCAGAUGAUGGUCACUGGUAGCAAGAGGAGCCAGCAGAGGCUGUCCGAUACAGAGGAGUCGAUGCAGGGCAGCUCCGAUGAGACGGCGAACAGCGUGGAGGAGGGCAGCAGUGGACCGGGCAGCAGCAGCGGCCGCAGCGAAGCCUCCAGUAACGAAGUUGCCUCUAGCCGAGCCAGCCAAUCAGCUGGCAGCCCUGGCAGUGAGAUGCACUCUGACGACAUGGCAGACAGCGAGGCCUUAAAGGAAGAGGAAGAUGAUGAAGAAGAGGAAGAUGAUGAUGAUGACGAGGAUGACGAUGAGGAAGAAGACGAGGGGAAUGGUUCAGGUGCUGAAGGCAGUCAGCAGAAUGUGGCCAGAGAUCAAACUGAGUCGAGGAAGAGGAUAGCAGGAGAGGCUCUCGGUGAGGGGACGAACCAUGGGGUGGGGCACAUUGGCCCUGGGGGAGGGGCCAAAUCUAAAGUCCUUCCCUUCAGUCCAGAGACGACUGCUGUCAUGGUAACAGCAGCAUCAGCAUCUUUAGAUAGCCACAUGAGGAUGCUGGAUGCUUGCUCUGCAUCAUCAUCUGCUCGGCCAGAGGGGACAGAGCCCCACCAACAGCCCACAGACAUCAGCUCCUCACAGAUGGUUCAGGGACCUCAGGAGCCCCCCUGUAUGCCAAGACCUGGAAACUUCCUAGGAGAGGCCAUGGGCAGUGAACUCUUCGGCUGUCGUAGAUUCAUCGGGCCCCAGCAUCACCACCAUCAUCACCAUCACGAAGGUCCCAUGGUGGAGGACAUGUUGAGUGCUGAUGAUGUAAGCUGCAGCAGCUCCCAGGUCAGUGCCAAGUCAGAGAAGAACAUGGCCGACUUUGACGGGGAGGAAUCGGGUUGUGAGGAAGAGCUGGUCCAAAUCAACUCCCACGCUGAGCUUAGCUCCCAUCUUCAGCAGCACCUACCCAACCUGGCCUCCAUCUAUCAUGAGCACCUGGUGCAAGGUCCUGCUGUCCAUAAACAUCAGUACUCCAGCCAUGCUGUGACUGACAUCAACCUCGACAAUGUUUGUAAGAAGGGGAACACUCUGCUCUGGGACCUGGUCCAGGAUGAAGAUGCGAUUCACCUGUCUGAGGGUUUGAUCAAUGAAGCAGAGAAGCUGCUGUGUUCGUUGGUGUGUUGGUUCACCGACAGACAGAUCCGGAUGCGCUUCAUCGAAGGUUGCCUUGACAACUUGGCCCAUCAUCGGUCAGUUGUGAUUUCUUUGCGUCUACUACCGAAGCUUUUUGGCACUUUUCAACAGUUUGGCUCCAGCUACGACACUCACUGGAUAACUAUGUGGGCGGAGAAGGAACUGCACAUGAUGAAACUGUUCUUUGACAACCUUCAACAUUACAUCCAGGAAGUUCGAGAACAACGGCACAAGUUUGCACUCUACAGCCACAGUGCGGAGGUCCAGGUCCGUCUGCAGUUCCUCACCUGCGUCUUCUCCACUCUGGGAUCACCAGACCACUUCAGGCUAAGUCUGGAGCAGGUGGAUAUCUUGUGGCAUUGUUUAGUGGAGGAUGCUGAAUGCUACGAUGAUGCUCUGCACUGGUUCCUCAAUCAGGUCCGCAGCAAGGACCAGCACGCUAUGGGGAUGGAGACGUACAAACACCUGUUUCUGGAGAAGAUACCCCAGCUGAAACCAGAGACCAUCAGCAUGACAGGGCUCAAUCUCUUUCAGCACCUCUGUAACCUGGCUCGCCUCGCCACCAGCACACUGGAUAAUGCCUCCAACUGUGAGCUGUGUGGGAUGGACCAGCUGUGGGGGAUUGCUCUGAGAGCUCAGUCUGCUGACAUCAGCCGCGCUGCAAUCCAGUACAUCAAUUCCUACUACAUCAACGCUGGAAAGACGGGCCUGGAGAAGGAGCAGGAGUUCAUCAGGAAGUGUAUGGAGAGCCUUCUGAUUGCCUCAGCAAACCUGGAAAAGGAUGCUUACUCCAGCCUGACCAGCAUUGAGAGGGGGCUUCUCAUGCUCAAAACACACCUGGAGGCCUUCCGGCGCAGGUUUGCUUACCACUUACGACAGUGGCAGAUCGAGGGCACUGGAAUCAGCAGCCAUCUGAAGGCUCUGAGCGACAAACAGUCUCUGCCGCUCAGGAUUGUCUGCCAGCCGGCUGGUCUGCCUGACAAGAUGACCAUUGAGAUGUAUCCCAGCGACCAGGUAGCUGACCUGAGGGCUGAGGUGACCCACUGGUACGAGAACCUGCAGAAGGAGCAGAUGAACCAGCAGGCUCAGCUGCAAGAGUUCGGCCCGGGCGGCCGGCAGCCCGGAGAUUUCCCAGGUGGUUUGAUGGGACCAGUUAGAAUGAUCUCCUCUGGCCAUGAACUCACCACAGACUAUGAUGAAAAGACUCUACACGAGCUGGGCUUCAAAGACAUGCAGAUGGUGUUUGUCUCUUUGGGAGCUCCGCGGAGGGAGAGGAAAGGGGACGGGGUCCAGCUGCCCGCUUCCUGUUUGCCUCCUCCUCAAAAGGAGCACAUUCCUAUGCUGCUGCUCCUCCAGGAGCCUCACCUCACCACCCUCUUCGACCUGCUUGAGAUGCUGGCUGGUUUUAAACCACCCAGUCCCAACGCAGACAAAGUCCAAGACAGCCCACAGAGUGCUCGGUGUGAGGAGCUUCACCUCCAUGCAGAGAAUUUGUCCCGUCGAGUUUGGGAGCUGCUGAUGCUCCUUCCUACUUGCCCCAAGAUGCUGCAGGCCUUCCAGAACAUCUCCGAUGAAACCAAUGAAGACGGUCAAUGUUGGAAGGAGCUGCUGAGGAUCAGAAGUCCCCACAAGUUGCUGUACGCGCUGGAGAUCAUUGAGGCUCUGGGCAAACCCAACCGACGAAUACACAGAGAGUCAACUGGAAGCUACAGCGAUCUGUAUCCGGACUCUGACGAUUCCAGUGAAGAUCAGAUAGAAAACAGCAAGAACACCUGGAGCUGCAAGUUUGUUUCAUCUGGAGGUUUGCAGCUGCUCCUGGAGAUCUUCAGCUCAGGCAUCCUCGAGCCCAAAGACCAGGAGUCCUGGACUGUGUGGCAGCUGGACUGCUUGGCCUGCUUGCUGAAGCUGAUCUGCCAGUUUGCUGUGGACCCGGCGGACCUGGACCUAGCCUAUCACGACAUUUUCUCCUGGUCCAGCCUCGCCGACAACCAGCGCAAGCGAGCUUGGCCUGGCAAAUCCCGCAAAUCUACCGUGGAUCAUGGGAAAGGCCUUCACAUCCCUCGCCUCACUGAGGUCUUUCUCAGUCUAGUCCAAGGCACCAGCCUUAUCCAGCGCCUCAUCAAUGUUUCCUACACCUAUGACAACCUUGCACACAGAGUUCUUAAGGCUCAGUCUGACCACAGGUCACGACAUGAAGUGACACACUACUCCACGUGGCUGCUGGUGAGCUGGGCUCACUGCUCUUCCUCCGUGAAGUCCAGCUUAGCGGACAGCGACCACCUCCACGACUGGCUGAAGAAACUCACCCUGCUGGUGCCUGAGCCGGCAGUGAGGCAUGAGGCGUGUAAUGGCCUCUACAAGCUCUCCCUGUCUGGUUUGGAGGGGGGAGAAUCCAUCAACCGGUCCUUUCUGCUGCUCGCCGCCUCAACGCUGCUCAAGUUCCUGCCUGAUGCGCAGGCCCUCAAACCUCUGAGGGUGGAGGACUAUGAAGAAGAGCCUCUGUUGAGGACUGGCUGUAAGGAAUACUUCUGGCUGCUCUGUAAACUCAUCGAUAACAUCCACAUUAAAGAUGCCGGCCAGAAGGUCUCUUCCUCUCUGUCGCUGACUGACUCAAUGCAGACCACCCUGCUGGACCUCGAUGCUCUCGCCCGACACCUUGCUGACUGCAUCAGGAGCCGAGAGAUUUUGGACCAGCAGGACGGGACCAUAGAGGACGACGGGCUGACGGGACUCCAACGUCUCGCCUCCAGCGUUCUCAAACACAAGCCUCCGUUCAAGUUCUCCCGUGAGGGGCAGGAGUUCCUGCGGGACGUUUACAACCUCCUUUUCCUCCUCCCGAGCUUGGCAGACCGAGCUCAGCCAAAGUGUAAGUCCCACGCCGCCAGGGCUGCCGCCUAUGACCUGCUGGUGGAGAUGGUGAAGGGCUCCGUGGAAAACUACCGACUGCUCCACAACUGGGUCAUGUCACAGCACAUGCAGGCCUCUCACGCCCCGUAUAAGUGGGACUACUGGCCCCACGAUGACGUACGGGCCGAGUGUCGCUUCGUGGGUCUGACUAACCUUGGAGCAACCUGCUACCUGGCCUCCACCAUCCAGCAGCUCUACAUGAUCCCUGAGGCACGCCAGGCUGUCUUCACGGCUAAGUACGCUGAAGACAUCAAACACAAGACGACACUGCUGGAGCUGCAGAAGAUGUUCACGUACCUCAUGGAGAGCGAGAGGAAGGCGUACAACCCGCGGCCGUUCUGCAAAACCUACACAAUGGACAAGCAGCCUCUCAACACUGGAGAGCAGAAAGACAUGACAGAGUUUUUCACAGACCUCAUUACGAAGAUAGAAGAGAUGUCCCAGGAGCUGAAAAACACAGUGAAGGCUUUGUUUGGAGGAGUCAUCACCAACAAUGUCGUCUCUCUGGAUUGUGAGCAUGUCAGUCAGACUGCAGAGGAGUUUUACACUGUCAGAUGUCAAGUGGCAGAUAUGAAGAACAUCUAUGAAUCUCUGGAUGAAGUCACCAUUAAGGACACCCUGGAAGGUGACAACAUGUACACCUGCUCACAGUGUGGCAAAAAGGUCCGCGCAGAGAAAAGAGCGUGUUUCAAGAAGUUGCCGCGCAUCCUGAGUUUCAACACCAUGAGAUACACCUUCAACAUGGUGACCAUGAUGAAGGAGAAGGUCAACACACACUUCUCCUUCCCUCUGCGCCUCGACAUGACGCCGUACACCGAGGAUUUCCUCAUGGGCAAAGGAGAGCGCAAAGAAGGUUUUCAGGAAGAGGGAGAGGCAAACAUGACCGAGAGCUACGAGUACGACCUCAUCGGUGUGACUGUCCACACUGGCACAGCAGACGGCGGCCAUUACUACAGCUUCAUCAGGGACAUCGUCAACCCCCACGCCUACAAGAACAACAAGUGGUAUCUCUUUAACGAUGCAGAGGUGAAACCCUUCGACUCGGCUCAGCUGGCUUCUGAGUGCUUCGGAGGAGAGAUGACGACAAAAACCUACGACUCGGUCACUGACAAGUUCAUGGACUUCUCCUUUGAGAAGACACACAGUGCCUACAUGCUCUUCUACAAGAGGGUGGAGCUGGAGGAAGAAAAUGGGAAGGACUUUAGUUUUGAUGUCUCUCCUGAUCUGCUUGAGUGGAUCUGGCACGACAACAUGCAGUUCCUCCAGGAUAAAAACAUAUUUGAGCACACCUACUUUGGGUUCAUGUGGCAGCUCUGUAGCAGCAUCCCGAGCACGCUACCAGACCCCAAAGUCGUCUCUCUCAUGACUGCUAAGCUCAGCACUUCGUUUGUUCUGGAGACUUUCAUUCACUCCAAGGAGAAGCCCACUAUGCUGCAGUGGAUCGAACUUCUGACCAAGCAGUUCAACAACAGCCAGGCCGCCUGCGAGUGGUUUUUGGAUCGGAUGGCUGAUGACAACUGGUGGCCUAUGCAGAUCCUCAUCAAAUGCCCCAAUCAGAUUGUCAGACAGAUGUUCCAGCGGUUAUGCAUUCAUGUCAUCCAGAGGUUGCGACCAGUUCACGCUCAUCUCUACCUGCAGCCUGGCAUAGAAGACGGCUCGGACGACAUGGACGGGCCGGUGGAGGAUAUUGGAAGCCGAUCCUGUGUCACUCGCUUUGUUAAGACCCUCCUGUCCAUCAUGGAGCACGGCGUCAAGCCUCACAGCAAACACCUGACGGAGUACUUUGCUUUUCUCUAUGAGUUUGCCAAGAUGGGAGAGGAGGAGAGUCAGUUCUUGUUGUCACUACAAGCCAUUUCCAUCAUGGUGCACUUCUACAUGGGAACCAAAGGCCCUGAGAAUCCUCAGGUGGAGGUGCUGUCAGAGGAGGAGGCAGAGGAGGAAGACGAAGAGGAGGACAUCUUGUCUCUGGCAGAGGAGAAAUAUCGUCCUGCAGCUCUGGAGAAAAUGAUAGCGCUCAUUGCUCUACUGGUGGAGCAGUCUCGCUCUGAGCGACAUCUGACUUUGUCCCAGAGUGACAUGGCGGCUCUGACGGGAGGGAAGGGCUUCCCUUUCCUCUUCCAGCACAUCAGAGACGGCAUCAACAUCAGACAGACCUGCAACCUUAUCUUCAGCCUCUGUCGCUAUAACAACCGAUUAGCCGAACAUAUUGUGUCGAUGCUCUUCACCUCCAUUGCAAAGCUCACGCCUGAAGCUGCAAAUCCUUUCUUCAAGCUGCUGACGAUGUUGAUGGAGUUUGCAGGCGGACCUCCAGGGAUGCCUUCCUUCGCUUCCUACAUCCUCCAAAGAAUCUGGGAGGUGAUCGAGUACAAUCCAUCCCAGUGUCUGGACUGGCUGGCUGUCCAGACUCCCAGGAACAAACUGGCCCACAGCUGGGUGCUGCAGAACAUGGAGAACUGGGUGGAGCGCUUCCUGCUGGCACACAAUUACCCCCGAGUCCGCACAUCUGCUGCAUACCUCCUGGUCUCCCUCAUCCCCAGCAACUCCUUCCGACAGAUGUUCCGCUCCACGCGCUCCCUCCACCUGCCCACGCGCGAGCUGCCGCUGUCCCCUGACACCACCGUCGUUCUUCAUCAGGUCUACAACCUGCUGCUGGGGCUGCUGGGUCGCGCCAAGCUGUACGUGGAUGCCAGUGUUCAUGGAACCACCAAACUAGUUCAGUAUUUCAGCUUCAUGACCUACUGCCUCAUCUCCAAGACGGAGAAGCUGAUGUUCUCCGGUUACUUCAUGGAUCUCUGGAACCUCUUCCAGCCCAAACUAUCAGAGCCAGCCAUCGCCACCAACCACAACAAGCAGGCGCUGCUGUCUUUCUGGUACAACGUGUGCGUUGAUUGUCCUGAGAACGUCCGGCUGGUGGUGCAGAACCCUGUAGUGACCAAGAACAUUGCCUUUAACUACAUCUUGGCUGAUCACGACGACCAGGAGGUGGUGCUGUUCAACCGCGGCAUGCUGCCAGCCUACUACGGCAUCCUGCGCAUGUGCUGCGAGCAGUCGCCUGCCUUCACCCGCCAGCUGGCGUCGCACCAGAAUAUCCAGUGGGCCUUCAAGAACCUGACACCGCAUGCCAGCCAGUAUCCAGGGGCCGUGGAGGAGCUGUUCAACCUGAUGCAGCUGUUCGUGGCCCAGCGGCCUGACAUGAGGGAGGAGGAGCUAGAGGACAUCAAGCAGUUUAAAAAGACCACCAUCAGCUGCUACCUUCGCUGCCUGGAUGGACGCUCCUGCUGGACUACGCUCAUCAGUGCCUUCAGAGUUCUGCUGGAGAACGACGAGGACCGACUGCUGGUGGUGUUCAACAGAGGACUCGUCCUCAUGACUGAAUCCUUCAACACUUUGCACAUGAUGUACCAUGAGGCCACAGCCUGCCAUGUCACUGGAGACCUGGUGGAGCUGCUCUCCAUCUUCUUGUCUGUCCUGAAAGCCACCCGGCCCUACCUGCAGCGCAAAGAUGUGAAGCAGGCUCUGAUCCAGUGGCAGGAAAGGAUCGACUUUGCACACAAGCUGCUCACACUCCUCAACUCCUACAGUCCUCCUGAGCUGCGCAACGCCUGCCUCGAUGUGCUGAAGGAACUUGUGCUGCUGAGUCCACAUGACUUCCUGCACACCCUCGUCCCGUUUUUACAGCACAACCACUGCACCUACCACCACAGCAACAUACCCAUGUCCUUCGGCCCCUACCUGCCGUGCAGAGAGAACAUUAAGCUGAUGGGAGCCAAAAACAAUAUUCGACCUCCGAGACCGGAGCUGAACAUGUGUCUUCUCCCCUCCUUAGUGGAGAGCAGCAAGGGUAAAGACGAGGUGUACGACCGGAUGCUCCUUGACUACUUCCUGCCCUACCAUCAGUUCAUUCACUUGCUGUGCCGUGUCGCCAUCAACUGCGAGAAGUUUACCGACACACUCGUCAAAUUAAGUGUGUUAAUAGCAUAUGAAGGCCUUCCUCUUCAUCUUGCACUCUUCCCCAAACUGUGGACGGAUCUCUGUCAAUCCCAGUCUGUUAUGGCUAAAACGUCCGUGAAGCUGCUGUGUGAAGAUCCAGCCUUCAGUGAGUACAUUAAGUGUAUCCUGAUGGAUGAGAGGAUGUUUCUCAACAACAACGUGGCCUACUCCUUCCUCACCUGUUUCCUGCACAAGGUCCAGGUGCUGUCCGUUCCCAGCUUCUCUAACCUGAUCAGUGUUUUGGUGACAAACCUGCUGAGCGAACAGAGCAACCUUCAGCCUGAGCUGGCAGCUCACCGUACGGAGCUCAACAAGACCAGCGGCCUGCUGAACGCUGACCUGCGGGCGUUGGUAUUACUGCUGUCCGUCCAGCCGCCUCAGGCCAUCGACCCGGCCCUCUGCACCGCCCUGCAGGAGCUGCUGGGCCGCUGCCACCUUUGUCUCCAGCAGCGUAGUGCUCUGGAAAUGGAGGCCAAAGACCACAAGGCCAAAGCUGAGGAUGAGGGCGCGACCCCGGUGAAGCGGCGGCGGGUGAGUGGCGACGACAGCAGAGCCGUAGAUGCAGCACCUCCCCUCUGCGUGGCCUCCACCUCCUCUUCUUCAGCCCUGCUGCCCUGCAGCGAGCUGAAGCCCGACCAGCAGGAGGCGCUGACGCCCACCAGCACUUCGGACACGGAAACGCGAGACUCCUCCUCCCUGAUAGACCCGGGCACCGAGCAGGACCCUCCCUCUCCUGAUCCCACUCCUGCCACCUCUGGAAACUUGGACUCUUCUGCAAAAGAAGAGAAAAUGGAGGCCUCCUCGUCAUCCUCAUCUUCAUUCUCCUCCUCCUCGUCUUUGCUGCAGGAGGCAGGGGAGGGGUUCGUACAAGGGGAGGAGCCUGAGCCACAACACCAUGGAGGGGCAGUUGAGGAGCAGGAGGAGGCGGAGCAGAGGGAGGGGAGGAGAGACGAGGCAGCGUCCACCUCAGUGGAGGUAAAGGAGGAGAAGGACAUGGGCUUAAAGACCAGCAGCAGCUCCACCCCGCCCCUCUCAGAGGAGGCGGUCGGGUUGAUGGGGGAGGGGCCAAACGGCUGCGGUAGCCACGCCUCCUCCUCACAGCUGUUAACAAGUGCCGGCCCCCCACCCGACACGCUGGACAUGCUGUACAGGACAGUCGAAGCCACCAUUGCCAUAGUUACCAAACUGUCUGUUAAAGGCCCGCCCACUUCAUGACAUCAUCACUGCUCAGCCACUAAGAGAUCUCCAACACGUUUCCUCUGUCCGCCUGUUUGAUCUGAAUUCUGCUCAGAGGAACCAGACGUUUGUUUCCUGGUUUCUUCUUCUUCUGCUGUUUCUGUGCUGCUGUUUGUUGCCUUCUGCUGAUGUGGAUCGGUUGGUUCCUCCAGCUUCGCCGGCUCCUCCCGUCUCGCCCCUCUAUCAAACCGACCCCCCAAACAUCGGACAAAUAAAAGUUCAAGCUGCAGCACAUCUUUUCAAAGGGCAAGUUUUUGGUUUGUUUCUAUGUUUUUGUGUGUGUGCGUGUGUUAUACUGGAUUAAAUUUGUUUGGAAGGUGAUUUUAUUUUCGGUUUGCUGUAACGGGGAAAGGUUUACAAAACUGUGUUUCUCCUGUAUGUAAUUUAAUUUUAUUGCAUUUUUACAGUGUAUAAAAUGGUUGUCCUCUGUGCCAGUUUUGUACUUUGAGUGAGGCAAAAGAAAGUUGCCUUGCAUUUUUCUGUGGUUCAAUUAUUCACAAACUAAGUUUACUUGUAAAUUAAGAAAACCACAAGAAAUUUGAUUCUGUAAAGAAUCCUCUAGUCGUUGCCUGAAGGUGUAUAUUGGAAAAAAAUAUAAAAAUAUAUAAAUAUCAUUUUCAUACAUAUAUAUAUCUAUAUAUAGAUAUAAAUAUAUCUAUAUAUAGAUAUAUAUAUGUUUAUAGAUAUAUAUAGACAUACAUUAUAUAAAAUAUAUAUAUAUAUAUAUAAAAGCGGUGCUUUAUUGGACUGUGGUUGAAAUAAAGCCACUUUGUUGGACCAGCUGGAGCUUUUUAUUUUCUUUACUGAAGUACAUUCCGUCAUCUGUUGUUUAUUUUUGCUGCUUCUGCUGUUUCUGAUUGUCUUCUGAUUUUUUUCAAAAGAGAAUAAAUUAAUAAA